CCUCGUUCAUCCACACCCCUCGUUGGUAUCACACACACACAGUGACUGUGUCUUUCUGACAAAUGGCGUGGAUUCUGGGUCCGAAAACUCUGCUCGUUUCGACGGGCGUGGUGUUAGUGGGUUUGGCUUUUGAUGCUCUCUGUGCCAUUGGCCUCGGAGUUCUCUGCCUCUCACUUGCCCCUCAUCUGGGCCUCGCUUCUCUCCUGGCUCAAGCCCCCCUACCUCUUCUUCAUCGUCAACGGCAUCAUCAUAGGCAUCGCUGCAACUUCACGGUUCCACCACAACCACCACCACGACGGCUCCGAGCGACAAGUCCCAGACGAUGAUCCACCACCACCACGGCGUACGCCUACGGAGGAGAUCUCGUCGGAGUUAAGCGUUUAUCACAUGACGGAUGUGACGCACCAACAGAAGAGAGAAGAGGCUAAGGACGAGGUUUCCGAGGUGACGAAGGCUGGGCUGGUGAUGAAUGGCUAUGUGGAGGCGGAGGAGGAGGAGGAGGAUGAUGAUGAUGGCGAUGAAGAGGCUCUGGGCUGGAAGUCCACGGGGAACCAGACGAAGAUACUAUACCCUUCGGAGACACAGUUGACGGAGUGUUUUUCCCCGGCGGAGAAACCUCUUGUUUCUGCGAGGUUCGGUCACCGGAAACCGGUUAAAGCCAGUCCCCAAGGUGGAAGUGGGAGAACGUUAAGGGUGGCGAAGACCAAACAGCACGAGACGAUGGAGAACACGUGGAAGGCGAUAACGGAAGGGCGUGCGAUGCCGCUGAGCAGGCACAUGACGAAGUGCGACACGUGGGAGAGCGACGGCCGUCGUCAGAUCGACUCCCUAGAAGAGCCAUCCGCGGUGAAGAAAUCGGAGACGUUCAAGGACCGGACCAACUUGCAGCAGAGGCCAUCGCCGGGCAGCUCCAACUCUAAGCUGCGGAAAGAGCCAUCUUUGAGUCAGGACGAGCUGAACCGGCGAGUGGAGGCGUUUAUCAAUAAAUUCAACGAGGAAAUGAGGUUGCAGAGGCAGGAGUCUUUCAAUCAAUACAUGGAGAUGAUCAACCGCGGUGCCCAUUAACCAAAAGCCCCCCCCCCAAUUAAGUAGGCCAUUAGUACAAAUAUUUGUUUCUUAAUUCUAAGGAAUUUGAAAGGGAUAGAAUCUAAGACACACUAAAUUCAGUUGAUUAUGUUGAAAAAAAUAAAAAAGAGAUUGAUUUUGUGAAAAAAAACAAAAGAUAUGUUUUAUCUCUUCAUUAUAGGAAUAGGAUUAAAAGCUUGGUAUGGAGUUGCUUAGAGGGGGAAAGAAGAAGUUUGGAGUUAAUUGUGUAAUUAAAUACUUGAAAUUAUGGGUUUUGUAGUUUUAUAUGAAUAUGGAUGUGUAAAGGAAACAUCCUUUAGUUUA